UGCAUCUCUUGGAGUUGCUGUUUCAAGGUCACCUGGGCAUACCAGCUGUACACAACUGGCCAUUACAAAAACAUCCUGCCUGAACUUGAUUGGUUGCACGGGGUGGGCGAUGGGAGGAAGCUAAGGGAGGGGGAAGGUUAAACUUAGGGCUUUUGGCAUGCGAUGCUGAGUUCUGGCUACGCAUUACUGCAACGCACUUCCAAUAAAAACAGGCCUUUCUCAACAGAUGGAGCCGAGGGUGUUUUUUAUUUAGAGGUUUAAGUGGUGGCAGGUGACACAUUUGAGGGGUUUCCUCUUCCUGCAACGGCCUGUGAGAAUCACUUUGAGGAAGAGGAGGAAGCGACUGCAGCCCAGGCAACGGCAGAAAUAGAAGCAGUUCUGACCUGGGAAACCUGCUCAGGCUCUCUUGGAAUCGACCAACAUGUCUUCAGUACAAGAAGUGUCCAGUUUCACCGAAGACCUGCUGUGCCCCAUUUGCCUGUCCCUCUUUCGGGAGCCCCACAUACUGGAGUGCGGCCACAGUUUCUGCGCUCCCUGCCUGGAGCCCUGCAUCCCCAAGGGGGAAAGUCAAGGGCUCUGCCCCGAGUGCCGACACCCCUUCACUUUGCACCACGUGAACCGAGCCCUCUGCAGCUUGGCCAAGAAGGCCCGGAUUCUGAAGCUGGACGAAAGGGCUCAGCAGAGCAGCACCGGAGGAUGGUACUUCUGUGAGGAACACGAGGAGCCUCUCAAGCUCUUCUGCAGCCAAGAUGAGGAGUCCGUUUGCGUCAUCUGCCGGGACUUGCCUCAGCACCGGGGACACGACUUCCUGCCCAUCAAAAACGCGGUUCAGACCUAUCAGGACCAACUGAAGGCCUCUCUGGAGCCUCUUGAGGAAAGUCUCAGGCGGUUGAAAAGGAGCCAGUGCCACCAGCAGGAGAACAUUAUCGAAUUAAAGACCUGCUCCGAAUCCUUGUCUAAUCAUGUCUCUGAAGAGUUUGCGAAGAUGCACCAGCUGCUGAACGACAGAGAGCGGAGUAUAAAGCAGGCCUUAGAAGACCAGAGAGAAAAAAACUUGGCACAGAUGGAAACCAAGUUAAAGGAACUGGACUGCAAGAUGGCCUCACAUUCCGAAACACUGUGUUGUAUACAGGCCAGCCUUGAAUGCAAAGACCACAUCAGUUUCCUUAAGGAGGCAAAAGAGUUGCUAGAGAGGCUCAAUAAGGAACAAGGAGCUCCGGAGGAAGCUGAACUAGAUGCUGAACUGGUAGGAGAAGAUGGCCAGGGUGCCAGCAGUGAAGACACAGGUGAGUGUGAGAAUGAGAUUGAUGAAGACGUUGAUGAGGAGGAAGUGGAGGAAGUAGAAGAAGAGGAAGAAGAGGAGGAGGAGGAAGAAGAAGAAGAGGAAGAAGAAGAAGAGGAAGAACAAGAGUUAGCAGAGGAAGAAGAGGAGAAGGAAGAGGAAGAAGAUGGAGUGGUGGCUGUCGACUUGAACCUGGGCGAGUUUAAAGGACCUCUGCAAUUCUACACCUGGAAGGAGCUCCUGGGUGCAGUACAUCCAGUCCCUGCAAGCAUCACUUUGGACUACAACUCAGCUCAUCCCAGCUUGGUCCUCAUGGAAGACGACACCGGGGUCAAGUUCAGCCCCAGCCAACCUCACGGGCAACAAAGCGUGGGCAGCUUCACCUCCACCCUGUAUACCCCGUAUGUGGUGGGACGGAAGGGCAUUACCACUGGGCGCUUCUACUGGGAGAUCCAAGUCGGGGACAGUCCCGAUUGGAUAGUGGGGAUGGCCAAAAAGUCUGUGAAGCGUAAAAAUUGGCUGAAUUUUCUGCCCGAGGAAGGGGUGUGGGCUAUUGAGCUGAAGGAGGGAGAGUACCAAGCCCUGAGUGAUCCCCGUACGCCCCUCUCGGUCUGUGGGAGGAUGGAAAAAGUGGGGGUCUACCUGGACUUUGAAGGGGGGCAGCUCUCUUUUUACAACAGCAGCAGCAUGUCCCACCUCUACACCUUCCAAGCGUGCUUCAAUGCUGCCCUUUCCAAGCCUGCUUCCAUGCUGCCCUUUCUCAGCACUCAAAGCAGCUACCCCCUCUGGGUGUGUGGUCUGCAGCUUUGAGAUCUUAGCUCAGAGUGUAGCAUUGCAAAGAACAGACUGGUUAAAGUUUAAAACGUCGAGGUGCGUUAGGAUGGCUGUUUUUAAGAGAAAGUCCAUUCUAUUCCCUCUUUGCAAGCGAUCGCAUGGAAAUUCGAAACUGGUCUGGCCUGACUAUUGUGGACUAUUGUGGUGCAGAGAGCGCUGUAAGUGUAGCUUUCAACUUGACCUUCUAUUUCCCACAUGUUUAAUUUCCUAGACCCGUUGACUGUAGUGAGGAUAGAGAUUGCCUAUGUCUACCUGUGGUGCAAGAUUUUACCUGCUUUCAAUGUGUUCCACUACAGGCAGAGACAAUGAAGGCAAGCCGUACUUCCUGCCCUGUCUUUCUUGUCUUUCCUAUUACCUAUUCCUUUAGCAUAUUAUAGCUUUGUUGUUUGUAUCUCAUGGUUUAUACUGAUUGCCUUUAUUUAGUAUCCUAUUAUGAUUUGUGUUGAUUGCUUAUUUUGUAUGUUAUGACGAUCAACUCAGUGUUGUAUGUUAUGAUUUAUGAUGAUUGUAUUUCAUGAUUAUAAUCAUGAUUUAUCACUUACUGCUUGCACAUACAUUGAGAGCUUAUGCAACGGAGACAAAUUCCUUGUGUCAAUAAAGAAUUCCAUUCCAUUCUUAAUAAACAAUGCUUAAUAAAGACUUAAGAGUUGGACUUUUAAGGAACCAGGAUAGAAAGCAUAUUGACUCUUUUGAACUUGGGGAAGAGUCCUGCCUAUACAAAGAUAUAGAUCAUCAAACAAAGCAAUCCAGUGUUCUCACUCAAAAUAGUGGCCAGGAUUGGGUUACAUUAUAAUUUGGAUACAUUAUGCAAAGACCCAGAUUGCUUGAGAGGUCCAUAGUCCUUUCAAAGGUGGAAGGGGAAAAAAAUGAUAUCCAGCUGCAAAAUGGAUGGACCUGAUUACAGUGACAAUGGAAAUAUCAUUGGAAUACCAGAUCAGUCUGAGGAAGAUCUAUUUAUAUGGGUGCUGAGAGUUGACACCAAUUUGAUAUCACAUAAUGACAGCAGCAAAUGGUUGGAUCAGAGACCAGAAUGGAAAGGAACAUUAAAAAAGAUGUAUAUACCAC